AUGACGUCAACAGAUGAUAUCAAUCUCCAGGAGAAACAGAAGUCUACUGAAGAAAAUCUAAACGAAGACGAGCCAGCAACUGCAGAAACCCAACUUAAUUCAGAAAACAUGGAUGAAGAUAUUAAAAAAAAUCAAAAUUACUCUCCUGUUAUGAGAAACCAUUAUGGCUACAUAAAAUAUGUAAGUUUAGCUAUAUUAACAAUUCAAAAUGCAGCUCUUGGUUUAAGCAUGAGAUAUGCUCGCACUAGAGAAGUUGAAAUGUUCGCUUCAACUGCAGCGGUUCUUAUGGCAGAGGUGUUAAAAUUAGCAAUUUGUAUAGUUUUAGUAAUGCAAGAAUCUAGAAGUUUAAAAAAAGGAGCUCUAACUAUGUAUUCUACAGUCAUUCUAAAUAUCAAGGAUACACUUCGUGUUUGUGUGCCCUCUUUCUUAUAUGUAAUACAGAAUAAUUUACUUUAUGUCUCAGCAUCAAAUCUAGAUGCUGCUACUUAUCAGGUCACAUAUCAAUUAAAGUUAUUGACAACUGCAUUUUUUGCUGUAAUAGUUUUAAAGAGGAAAUUAAAAAAAUGGCAAUGGGGAGCUUUGGCUUUAUUAGUGGCCGGUAUUGCGCUAGUGCAACUGUCCUCUACAGAAAAAGCAAAAGUUUCAACAAAUUUACCACAGCAGUCAAAGAUACUAGGCUUUGGAGCUGCAUUGGCAGCAUGUUUCAUAUCUGGCUUUGCAGGCAUAUACUUUGAAAAAGUUCUAAAGGAAUCAGAUAUUUCUGUGUGGAUGAGGAAUGUUCAACUAAGCUUAGCAUCUCUUCCAUUUGGUAUAGCAACACAUUUAAUAAACUAUGGAACCAUGGCUGAUUUGCUUAAAGGUUUUGAUGGGUUUGUGUGGUAUCUAGUAGUAUUGCAAGCAGCUGGAGGACUCAUAGUGGCUGUGGUCGUGAAAUAUGCUGAUAAUAUUCUAAAGGGAUUUGCAACAUCUGUAGCAAUUGUUAUAUCAUGUAUAGCUUCCAUUUACAUAUUUGACUUUAUCUUGACUGUACAAUUUGCUAUAGGUGCCUUGUUGGUCAUAGGAUCAAUCUUUUUAUAUGGUUAUGUACCAAAAAAAAGAACAGAAACUAGAACGUCUUUGAGUGUA